CGCAGGGAGCGCGGGCUGCGGCCAGGAGCGCUGGACGCGCGGCCGCAUACGGAGCCAGGCCGCACGCGCGAGGCCGCGCCAGGCGACGCCGAGUCCAGCCACCGCAGGCUCGGCCAAGCCAGCAUGGUGGACCACUUGCUUCCAGUGGACGAGACCUUCUCGUCACCAAAAUGCCCAGUGGGGUACCUGGGUGAUAGGCUGGCCAGCCGGCGGCCAUACCACAUGUUGCCCUCUCCCAUCUCUGAGGAUGACAGCGAUGUCUCCAGCCCCUGCUCUUGUGCCAGCCCUGACUCGCAAGCCUUCUGUUCCUGCUACAGCGCAGGUCCAGGCCCUGAGACCCAGGACAGCAUCUUGGAUUUCCUUCUGUCCCAGGCCACGCUGGGCAGUGGUGGUGGCAGUGGAGGUGUUGGAGAUAGCAGUGGCCCUGUAACCUGGGGAUCAUGGAGGAGAGCCUCUGUGCCUGUGAAGGGGGAACAUUUCUGCUUCCCUGAAUUCCUGUCAGGAGACCCUGAUGACGUCCCCAGGCCUUUCCAGCCUACCCUGGAGGAGAUUGAAGAAUUCUUGGAAGAGAACAUGGAGGCUGAGGUCAAGGAGGCUCCAGAGGGCUGCAGCAGGGACCUGGAGGCCUGUGGCCAGCUCUCAGCUGGGCCACACCGGAGCCACCUCCAUCCAGAGUCUGGUGGGAGAGAGCGCUGUACCCCACCACCAGGUGGCACCAGCGGGGGUGGUGCCCAGAGUGCGAGUGAGGGGCCAGCACGGGAUGGCCCCAUGCCGGUGCUGCUGCAGAUCCAGCCUGUUGCUGUGAAACAGGAGGCAGGUGCGGGGCCAGCCUCCCCAGGGCAGGCCCCGGAGAGCGUCAAGGUCGCCCAGCUCCUGGUCAACAUCCAGGGGCAGACCUUUGCACUUCUGCCUCAAGUGGUACCAUCCUCCAACUUGAACCUGCCCUCCAAGUUCGUGCGCAUCGCACCUGUGCCCAUCGCUGCCAAACCUAUUGGUUCGGGAUCCCUAGGGCCCGGCCCCGCUGGCCUCCUUGUGGGCCAGAAGUUCCCCAAGAACCCAGCAGCAGAACUUCUCAAAAUGCACAAAUGCACUUUCCCCGGCUGCAGCAAGAUGUACACCAAGAGCAGCCACCUCAAGGCCCACCUGCGCCGGCACACAGGCGAGAAGCCCUUCGCCUGCACCUGGCCGGGCUGCGGCUGGAGGUUUUCCCGCUCAGAUGAGCUGUCACGGCACCGGCGAUCUCACUCGGGUGUGAAGCCGUACCAGUGUCCUGUGUGUGAGAAGAAGUUCGCGCGGAGCGACCACCUCUCCAAACACAUCAAGGUGCAUCGCUUCCCACGGAGCAGCCGUGCGGUACGCGCCGUCAACUGAGUGCGGUGGCCACCCCACCCGCCCCCAGCCCCACGCUUGGUUUUUAGAUGCAAUAACUUAUUGCCUCCUUCAGAAGGAUGUGACAAUGUUACCAGCCCCCUUCUGAAUCUUAGGAGGUGUGACCCAGAGCCGCCAUGGCUGCCUUUCCGGGGAGGACCUAGAGUCCCCAAAGGUCCCUGGGGGCUGGUUCCCCUGGUGGCCCAGGUGGCCCAGGCAGGCCUGCGCCCUUGUGCCUUUGUGCCUUCCUGCCAGCUGGAAGGGUUGUUUGGGGGGGCCCUUACCCUUCUCCCAUUGGGCUCCCUACCUGGGCCAAAGCCAACAUUAUUGCUGGGGAAGAAGUGUUUUGGUUGUGUCGAAACAGUUCCCAGAGGGAGCCAUGCUGGGAAAAAUGGAGUAGGUCAAAAGUGUAGGGCUGCACUGUGGCAUGAGGACCGUACCAUAUGCAAGAGGCCUUUGAGGGUCCAGGAGGAUGGCCACCCUCGUUCUAGGCCACAAUGCAUGUGCUUAAAUGCAAGACAAAUGGAGCCAUAUCCAUCCAUAUGUACCCAGCCUGGCUCACCCUCCUCCCAACGUCAGCCUCCCGGUUGUGGUGGGAGGAGUCAGGAACAGGCCUGGUGGAUGCAAAGCAACUAGCUAACGCCUCCCAGUCUGACUUAGAUUUGCAUUCCUCAUCAGGUCUAGAAAUUAGUACCAAUUGGACUAGCUUGUUUUGACAGGUCUAUUUCACAUCCUAUGAAUGUAUGUAAAUAAACUGUACAUAGGUACGCAUCUACAUAAGAUAUCUUUUAAUAACACGUUGACAUUUGUGUAAAUUUGAAAUUAAAAAAUUCUAUAAAGUUGGUGUACAUAUGUUACAAUUAUGUAUAUUUUCUUUGGUCCUUCAUAAAAAUAUAUUUACU